AUGGCGGCCGGCCAGCCCGCAAGGUUUAUCGUCACCUAUAAGGUCACCAGAAACGCUGCCGGGGCCCAAGCCGCCACAGCAGGCGCGGCCGUGGUCGCGGCCGGCGGCGGCCCCGCCGCGGCCGAGCCCGCUGCAGCUGAGCACGCCGUACGGCUGGGCGCGCAGGACGCGGUCAAGGCCUCCGUCGCCGCCGCUGCGCGGGGCGUGGCGGUCGCGCGCGAGUUUGACCAGCUGCCGGUCAACGCGGUCAACGUCGCCAGCGCGGCGGCGCUCGAGGCGCUGCGGGGGGACCCACUGGUCGAAUCGGUUGAGCCGGACCGCAUGAACUUUCCGGCCCUACUGGAAAGCCUGCCGCUGAUCAACCAGGCCGCGGUGGCCGCGUCCGGCAAGCAGGGGAGCGGCUGCUACGUCGCCGUCGUCGAUUCGGGCGCCAACUACACCCACCCUGACCUGGGCUCCUGCACAUCCCCGGGCGCGCCCGCCUCCUGCCGCGUUGCGUACGCCCGGGACUUUGCCGCCAACGACAACCAGCUGGACGACAUGGGGCACGGCACCAAUGUCGCUGCCACAGUCUCAAGGCUGGCACCAGGCGCCCAGAUCCUUGCGCUGGACGUGUUUACGUUUGAUGGGACCAACCACUACGCGUGGGAUUCAGACAUCCUGGCCGCGAUCAACUGGGCUGUCGGCGCCAAGACAGCCGGGACCUACAACGUCUGCGCCAUCAAUCUGUCACUUGGCUCCAGCUCUGUGUCGCCCACGCCCUGCACAGGGAGCUCCUUCGAGUCGGCGUUUUCCUCCGCGCGCGCAGCCGGCAUCGCGCCCGUCGUCGCCGCCGGCAAUGGGGGCUCCAAGACCGGAAUAGCUUCCCCGGGCUGCGCGCCCAGCGCAAUCUCAGUUGGCGCUGUGUACGAUUCAAACACCGGCGGCUGGACAUGGGGUGGCGGCAUCUGCACAGACUACACAUCCCAGGCCGACCAGGUCGCCUGCUUCUCCCAAAGCGGCACCUACCUCACGAUGCUCGCCCCUGGGGUCUUCAUCUCGGCCGGCGGCUACAGCAUGGGCGGCACCAGCCAGGCCGCGCCGCACGUCGCCGGCGCGGCGGCGGUGCUCAAGGCCGCGUACCCGUCCGCCACGGUCGCGCAGAUCGUCGCGGCGAUGCGGGCGGGCGGCAAGCCCGUGUUGGACAGCGCCAGCGGCUACACCCACACGCGCCUGGACCUGAGCGCGGCGGUGGCUGUCAUGAACUCAGGGGACUUCUCGCCGCCCACCGGGUCCGUCCAGAUCAACGGCGGCGCGGCGAACAGCCUCAGCCUCGACGUGACGCUCUCGAUCACUGGCAGCGACGCGAGCGGCGUGUCCCAAAUGUGCGUCAGCAACACGGCCGCGUCGCUGGCGGCGUGCGCGCCGUUCCAGGCGUUCGCGGCCAGCAAGGCGUGGCGGCUGGCAGAGGGCGGGAAUGGGGCGCGCACCGUGUACGUAUACCUGAAGGAUGGGCAGGGCAACGCCAUGGCGACCGCCAUCACGGCGGCCACCACCUACACAACCGACGUGACGCCCCCGACCGGCUCGGUCCUAAUCAACGGCGGCGCCGCAAACACGAGCUCGCUCGGCGUGACGCUGGCAAUCUCGGGCAGCGACGCUGGCGGGGUCGCUUCGAUGUGCCUGAGCAACGCGGCUGUCACGGCGGCGACGUGCUCGCCUUUUGAGGCUUUCGCCGCCAGCAAGGCGUGGACGCUGGCCACCGGCGCAGACGGGGUUCGAACUGUGUACCUGUUUGUGCGCGACACUGCCGGCAACACAAUGAGCACGGCUGCCACGGCGUCCAUCAACUACAUUGCCCCCGACACCGCGGCCCCAACAAUCAGCACCUUUCAGAUCAACGGCGGGGCGGUCUCCACCUCCACUUUCAACGUGACACUUGCACUUGCAGCCAGCGACGCCAGCGGCGUGGCCACCAUGUGUUUGAGCAACACUGCUGUCACAGCGGCGGCGUGCUCGCCUUUUGAGGCCUAUGCCACCAGCAAGGCGUGGACGCUGGCUGCUGGCGCAGACGGGGCUCGCACCGUGUACCUGUUCCUGCGCGACACCGCCGGCAACACCAUGAGCACGGCCGCCACAGCGUCCAUCAACUACAUUGCCCCCGACACCGCACCCCCGACAGUCAGCACCUUUCAGAUCAACGGUGGGGCCGUCUCCACUUCCUCUCUCAACGUGACGCUCGCUAUCACAGCCAGCGACCCCAGCGGCGUGGCCACCAUGUGCCUGAGCAACGCGGCUGUCUCAGCGGCGGCGUGUCUGCCGUACGAGACCUACGCCGGCAGCAAGGCGUGGACGCUGGCUGCCGGCGCCGACGGCACGCGCACCGUUUAUUUAUACCUGCGUGACACGCUUGGCAACACUAUGGCUUCUGCUGCUCAGGCGUCAAUCGUCAUCAGCACCACCCCUUCAGAUUCCACGCCCCCGACAGUCAGCUCCUUCCAGAUCAACGGCGGCGCGGCCUCCACCACCUCCCUCGCCAUCAUCUUGAUGAUCGCAGGGAGCGACGCCAGCGGCGUGGCCACCAUGUGCCUGAGCAACACCGCCGUCUCGGCGGCCGCCUGCCCCUUGUAUGAAGCGUUUGCAUCGACCAAGCCGUGGACGCUUGCCAGCGGCGCCGGCGGCAGCCGCACAGUGCGGCUGUACCUGCGCGACGCAGCGGGCAACACAAUGGCCACCGCAGCCACGGCGUCCAUCACCUAUGUCGCGCCUGUCAUUGACACCACCCCCCCAACCGUCAGCUACUUCCUCAUCAACGGCGGCGACGCCAUCACUACCUCCCUUGAUGUGGCGCUCGCAAUCGCCGGCAGCGACGCCAGCGGCGUGCAGAGCAUGUGCAUCAGCAACGCGCCUGUCUCGGCGGGCGCCUGCACCCCAUAUGAGGCCUACACCCCCAGCAAGGCGUGGACACUGGCCGCCGGCGCCGGCGGGGCGCGCACGGUUCUGCUGUAUUUGCGUGACGCCGCAGGCAACACGAUGAGCACCGCGGCGACAGCCGUCAUCACUUACAGCACGCCCAGCGCGACCGACGUCGACCCUCCGACCGGCACCUUGACGAUCAACGGCGGCGCUCUCAGCACAAACACCCUCGACGUGACACUUGCCAUCGCCGGCAGCGACGGGGCGGGCGGGUCGGGCGUGCCGUGGAUGUGCAUCAGCAACACAGCCACGUGCACGACUGGGUUUGAGGCGUUUGCGCCCACCCAGGCCUGGACGCUGGCCGAGGGCGACGGCAAGAAGACAGUCUACAUCUGGCUCAAGGAUGCCGCCGGCAACGCCAUGGCGGCCCCGGCCACGGCGUCCAUCUUGCUGGCAACGUCCACGUCGGCUCUGACCAUCAACGGCGGCGCCGCGUACACCGCGUCGCGCAGCGUGACUCUCGGCAUCUCCACCCAAGGCGCGACCCCAAAAACGAGGAUGUGCGUCACCCAGACCGCGAACUCAGCCGCGUCCUGCUCCUCCUGGAGCGGCUACAACGCCGCCAAGAAGAUCACCCUCAACCAGUUCCCCCAGGGCGAGCGCACCAUCCGCGUGUUUUUCAAGGACGCGACCGCUCAGGGCGACGCCGACGCAUUGCAGCCCGCUGUGGCGAUGAUCACCUACGACACGGUCGCGCCCAGCAUGAGCACCGCUGACGUGAGGCUCAAGGCCACCCCCGCCCGUGACAGCAUCUUCAUAUCAUAUUACGCGGGCGCCACCGACGCAACCUCAGCCGUGGCGUCCUUUGUGCUGGUCGGCCGGCAGGGAGCCAGCGCGCCCUCAAAGUGCAGCGGCUCUUCGCUCAAGAAGGCGACGUCGGACAGGCUGGCCAACACGUAUGCCGUCGCGGCGCGCGGCGCGGCCGGCGGCUCGGGCACCGCGGGCGCCGCGGAGCUGGUAGAGGCUGCGUUCACCGGGCUGCGGGCGUCUGCUUCGUAUGGGUUCCGGCUGUGCGCCAUUGACAGCGCCGGCAAUGUCGCGGCGGGCGUCACUGUAGUGACCAGGACGCUUGCAUAA